CGUAAACAAUGCGCAACUUCCUUUUGAAGAAGCUGUUUCGCAUCCGAAGCUGCGGGAAGGUCGUUUGUUGUUGUGCAGCGUGCGGAGCGACGCAGAGGUUAGCCCCGUCUGAGCGAGCCGCUCGAAUGCACCACUAAUUACUGAUCUCGCUAAUUGACAUCUGGACUCUCGGGAAAUUUCAUUUGAGAGAUGGCGGGCCAGUUGGCCUAGAUACCGUAGUGAAUCCAAAAGAGGAGAAAGUUUGCGAGCAAAUUCAGCAUUGCAUUCGACGUGGAAGAAGUGUCAGUGCUAGCAGCAUCUGCGUUCGGAUUUCGAUCGAGCGAUUCAGUCUACUCCCUGCGGUUUAGUGAAAUUUGUUUAAACAUCGCAGCUGCUCGUGAAAUAUUCAAUUAUUCGUUAUAAUGGGCAUUUUCGACUUUGACGAUGAAGGCGUGAAGAAUGCACCAAUCGUAAAAGAUGCACGCCUUAAUUCACAUCAUCACGAUUCGGAGUAUGAUACAGCCAGUGACGAUGGCGGUGAUGAUGAUGACUACGACGACGAAGAUGAUGAAAGCUUAGGAGCCGAUGGUGAAGAGGAUGAAAGUGAAAAUGGAAGUGUGGGAUUCGAUUUAGAAAGACAACGAGGGGAUGGGCAAGAACAGGAAUACUCGAAAAAAGUUGAUGAAGAUCGGAGUAAUCCUCAGUAUAUCCCGAAAAAAGGGAACUUUUACGAACAUGACGAUCGAACUUUGGACGAGCCCGAAGGCACCGAGGGGAAAGCAGAGGAUGGUGAUGAUGAACAAACAAAAUCAUCAACACCAAAUAAUUCGCAAGCAUCGAAGACAAUGAAAAAAUGGCAACCGGCAUCAGCUGUGGAUCGUUGGUCUCAUGACCGUUAUGAUGAAAGUGAACAAGCACCGAAAUCCAGACAGGAGUUGGUGUCAGCGUAUGGUUAUGACAUUCGAAGCGAAGAUGGUCCACCACGUCCAAGGAGACGAAGACGUUACGGACGUGGUCCUAAUAAAUACAAUCGCAACUGGGAAGAUGAAAGUGCUUAUAUCAAAUCUAACAAUAAUUCACAACGUAAACCACGCCCAGAAGAUUUUCCUGCAUUGGGGGAUCGAGAUAAACGACCAACCCGUAAGUCACGAAGCUUCCGCGAAGAAAAGGAGAAUCGCUAUGAUCGCGACAGUGAACGAACAUCAACUACAUUCAAUCGAGGUACAAAUAUAUCCCAACGAGAUGGGCGUAUAGAAAAGCGUAAUAGUGGUAAAAGCUUUAGAUCGGGUCGUCAAAGUCUUGAAUUUAGGAAUCAAAAUAAGAAUCGGAUAGGAAGUGAAACACAGAUGGAAUCAGUGUCAUCAUCGGCGGGACGCAAGGCUGAUGAGGACGAUAUAAGCAAAAUAGAGUGUGUAGUCCAGAUGGACACGAAUCCACAUUAUUCAAAUAACGUUCAAGUAGAGAGACAACUAGUGCCUGGAGUAAAAGUAGUACGCCGUGAGAAAGUUAAUAGCAGCCAAAACGAUAAUAAAAAAUUCAAUCAAGUUCAAAAUAUUAGCCCCGAUAAGGUGGACAAAACUCCCCCGGCGGCUACAACAAUUAAUUCGAAUAUGGGAAUCAGCGCUGGUCGCCAACAAGUUACUACUCCCACUUUGGCAUCGCGAUUGCAGGUACAGAAUCGCAACGAUCCAAGUCAUGUGGGCAGUAUUCAAAUGCAUUCCAUAAUGUCGCAAACUCAGCCAGAAAUGGGGGCGCCCCAACAACAGCAACCGCAGACUUCCGAAGCCAGUCGAACAAAACGAUAUUCAAGCCUUCGACAACGAACGCAAAAUGAUGCAGUAGCAGCUGGACCGCAACCAACUAUUGUAGAUCAACACACGCUAGCGCAACAAAUACAAAUGCAUGAUCAUCAUCAAGCCCACCCAACUCAACAGCAUGUUCUGUUACAAGAUCAGCACUUACUUCAAGCGAAUAUUAUGCAAUUAUACCACACGCAGGAGAAUCUGCAAGCACAAAUGCAGGGCGUGACCUUGCAAGGCUUGUCAGGAGGCCACCAACAGAAACCCCAAUAUCAGAAUGUUCAACCGCAAUAUCAAGCCAGUGCUCCUACGCCAGCUUAUUAUGCUACAACUGCAGAAUACCCUCAACAGACGACGCCCGCAGUAACACCUCAAUAUACACAACAGCAGCCGGCUGCCGCGUACAUCCAACCUCAACCAGCUGCUAGCCCAAUGGCUACAUACAAUCCGCAGCCGCAAGCAAAUGGCGGCAGUCCUGCUCCAUUAAGUUAUGUGCAAACACAAGCACCGGGUGCACCUCCGUACCAAAACUUUGCCGGCUAUCAAAAUUAUAACACAGUUGGUGGAACAACAUAUUUUGUUCCACAGCAGCAGACAACAGCACGGCCAGUAGUUUUGCCACAGCGUCGACCUACAAAUGCAAUUCCAAUCCUUGCACCACCCAAUGAUAAGCAAAAGAUUCGAACAGAAAAAGAUGACGAUGCCGGCAAAAUUGCUACAUCGACUAGUAGCAACGCACCCUUGGGCAGCGCCGAAAACAUCGAUCAUAUUUUGGAUAACAUGUUUGUUCAACGACCACCACUUCAGCCUCCCACACGGAAAAGUUCGUCUCCAUCCACAGAGUCGACAGGAACGUCAACGAAUCCACCUAGUGACGAUAAAUCAAUAACAAAUCAAUCUACAGCCCAAAAAACCACAUCAGCUACUAUCGCUGAGAGCCCGUCUGGGGAUGCUUCUCGGUUAGAAGAUGGGGUUAAGAACAUGACACUAACUGACGACAACAAGCCUUCUGAUCAACAACAACAGCCACAAUCACCACCACCACAAAUAACUAAUUCAGCGUCAGGUGCCCCGGCCGCACCCCAAGAACUUACAACCGCCACAACGAGCGAAACUGGCUAGUCAUUAAUGUUAUGGACAAAUAUGCUUUUCCAUUGUCUCCAGUAAGCUUUUCAAUAUCUUUUGUUCAAUUUAAUUAUUAGAAGCUUAACUGUAAAGAAAAAGGAAUUUCUGGAAAGAAAAAAGAACACUAUUUUUAGGAUAUAUGCAAAAUGUUUUAUUUUCUUCCUAAAUGCAUUGAAUAUCAAUUCAUAUUUUCAUCGAAGUUGAAGGAAAACUGAAAGUGCGACGUAAUUGAAGCGAAGAAGUAUGAAACAGAAAGAAUGUUGAGAUUAUUUUCUAUAAUGAAUCAAAAGAUUACAUGAUUAAUUUUAUAAUGUUAUUGCGUAUGAAGUUAGUGGGAUAAAAAGAGGAACAGAAAAUUUCUUCCUAUAUUGUCCUAGCAUUGCAGAAGAUAGAAGAUUUAUUGAGCGAAUAGCAGGUAACCUAUUUUGAAAUGAGAAAGAAUAUUAGGAUUCUCGGUGCGCCUGCUCGCGACAGCUAAUUUAUUAUCAAUAGCGUUCAAAGAAAACGGUUGACAGUUGAGUCUGGUUUUGAACUGUUUUCACUUUGAGCUUACGCAAUAGUUAUCUCCAGUCUGCGCACUCGUUCGGAAGAAUUCUGUGCCUUUCAAUUACGUUUUACACUUGCGAAACUGUGCGAAUUGAAGAAUGCAAAUAUAUCUUUUACGUUUUUAAUAUAUUUCUUUACUAUUUUUGAUUUUUUUAAAAUAUCCAUUGUAUUUAAAAUAAAUGAAUUUAUUUAAUGAUUAUUGAUAUAAAAGCUGAAUCGUGUAAAAAUAAAUUUAAAAAUAGAUAAUAAUUUGUGAAACAAAUUGAAAUGAACGAAAAAAUUGAGAAAUAAAUUCUUUUAGACGAUGUA